CGAGGCGCGGUGGGGCUGCGAGGUGCUCGGGCCCGCCGAGAGGCCGUGCACACUGAGCCGACCUCCACAGCCACCGCGCUGCUCACUCUGGGUGACGUCGCGCCCGGGUCCCCAGCAUGACCGAGCUACGGCAGAGGGCUGUCCGCGAGGACGCACCUCCGGAGGACAAGGAAUCAGAGUCGGAAGCAAAGUUAGAUGGAGAGACCGCAUCAGACAGCGAGAGUCGAGCGGAAACAGCUCCCCCACCAACCUCCAUAGAUGAUACCCCAGAGGUCCUUAACAGGGCCCUUUCCAACUUGUCCUCAAGAUGGAAGAACUGGUGGGUGCGAGGCAUCCUGACGAUGGCCAUGAUUGCAUUUUUCUUCAUUAUCAUUUACCUGGGACCAAUGGUUUUGAUGAUGAUUGUUAUGUGUGUUCAGAUUAAGUGUUUCCAUGAAAUAAUCACUAUUGGCUACAAUGUAUACCACUCCUACGACUUGCCCUGGUUCAGGACCCUCAGCUGGUACUUCCUCCUGUGUGUGAACUACUUCUUCUACGGGGAGACAGUGACAGACUACUUCUUCACUCUGGUCCAGAGAGAGGAGCCUUUGCGCAUUCUCAGUAAAUACCACCGGUUCAUCUCCUUUACCCUGUAUCUAACAGGAUUCUGCAUGUUUGUUCUGAGUCUGGUUAAGAAGCAUUAUCGGCUGCAGUUCUACAUGUUUGGCUGGACCCAUGUGACCUUGCUUAUUGUCGUAACGCAGUCACAUCUUGUUAUCCAUAACUUGUUUGAAGGAAUGAUAUGGUUUAUUGUUCCCAUUUCAUGCGUCAUCUGCAAUGAUAUUAUGGCCUAUAUGUUUGGCUUUUUCUUUGGUCGGACCCCACUCAUUAAGCUCUCUCCAAAGAAGACCUGGGAAGGCUUCAUUGGGGGCUUCUUUGCUACUGUGGUGUUUGGCCUUCUGCUCUCCUACGUGAUGUCUGGGUACCGAUGCUUCGUCUGUCCUGUGGAAUACAACAAUGACACCAACAGUUUCACUGUGGACUGUGAGCCAUCUGACCUGUUCCGCCUGCAGGAGUACAACAUUCCCGGGGUGAUCCAGUCGCUCGUUGGCUGGAAAACCAUGAGGAUGUACCCUUUCCAGAUCCACAGCAUUGCGCUCUCCACCUUCGCCUCGCUCAUUGGCCCAUUUGGAGGGUUCUUCGCAAGUGGAUUCAAGCGGGCCUUUAAAAUCAAAGAUUUUGCCAACACCAUUCCUGGUCAUGGAGGCAUCAUGGAUCGCUUUGACUGCCAGUACCUGAUGGCCACCUUUGUCAACGUGUACAUCGCCAGCUUUAUCAGGGGCCCCAACCCGAGCAAACUGAUUCAGCAGUUUCUGACGUUGCGGCCGGACCAGCAGCUUCACAUCUUCAACACACUCAAGUCUCACCUGACUGACAAGGGGAUUCUGAUGUCUGCCUUGGAAGAGGAGUAGUCUACCCAGGGCCAGGAGAGCCAGAAUAGGACUAGAGUGAGGGGCAGGUCACCAAGGCCAGCCCAGCUGCUGUGACUUAGAUAAUGAGAAGCUUCAACUCACCGUCUUUUUUUUUU